CUCGUCUCUUCAGUCAGUCAGUCAGUCAGUCAGUGUAAGAUACAGCUGCACAAACACAGCCGACUUCAUGGGAACAAGCUCAGAGGAGGGAACACAGUCAGUCUGAUUGAUCAGCAGGCCUCACUUUAGACACAUAGAACAGGCAUCCAUGUGUAUGAGCACUUUUCAUCAAGGAGAUUUGGAUUUUACCAGUUUAUCUCAGAAGGAUCCGGCUCACUAUUUGUGCGGAAUAUAAUCUCUGGGCGAACAGAAAUUGAGGACAUUUUAAAUCAGCAAGGAGCCAAAGAACAUGGGGACCUGCCCCAUCAGAUGUCGAACCAACCGGACAGUCCUAGAAAAUGCACCUGAACCUUCAACACCAUCCCUCCAGGAGAGCAUGACCGUGUCCCUCUGUGACUACCCGUCCUUUGAGCGGACAGAGUUGACCAUGUGCGUAGGGGAACGACUCACUAUCCUAUCAGACGAUGGUGACUUUAUGAUGGUGAGAUCCACGACCACAAGCUGUGACAGCUACAUUCCCUCCAACUACACCGCCAAGGUGACACACAGGUGGCUGUUUACGGGCAUCAGCAGGUAUAAAGCAGAGGAGCUGCUCUUGCAGCCCAACAACCAGAAUGGAGCCUUCUUGAUCAGAGAGUCAGAGACAAACAAAGAUUGUUACUCGCUGUCCAUCCUGAGGAGGACCAACGCUUCCUACCUGGACUGUGUGAAACACUACCGCAUCUCUCAGCUCCAGAACGGCUGGGUCUGCAUAUCUCAAGGAGUCACCUUCCCUUCCCUGCAAUGCCUGGUGGAGCACUACUCAGAGUCUGCAAAUGGGUUGUGCAUUCGGCUGACGGGGCCUUGCUUCAUCCAUGGUGUAGACAACGCCAGAGAGGCCCGGCCUGUACCCACGGCCAUCAGGAGGCCGACUGUCAACUGGAAGGACAUCAGCAGGUCGGUGAUCUUCAGAACCAAGAGAACCGAGUCGGACAACUCUCUGGUGAGCGAGGGCCUGAGGGAGGCCAUCACCUCCUACCUCCAGAUGACAGAGGGUAACGACCACAGCUGGGACACCUGAGGAGAGACGGCGGAUCAGUCUGAGAGAAAGAAGUCAGACGGAUGGAGGGAAGUCAGAUACUGUCCUGUCCCAUCUGCAGCUUGGGCAAGCCAUUGGAAGAGGUCGCCCUGGACGCCCCCAAAUGAUUGCAGACUGCGCUGGAGUAGCAGCAGGGCUGAGACACUACAAUGUCUGGAGUUGUGACUGUAUGUCAGCAAAAAGUCUGUAUUUUAGAGGCACACAGUGGAAGUGUGAGCUGAAAAUGUAAAGUCAGUGAGAUAUUUGUUCUCAUUUGGUUUCAAAAAGUUGAAUGUUUCUCUUAAUUUAUAACCUAAUAUGUAUGUACAUGCUGUUUGAAUGCAAUGUGAAAUAUGUUAAUUAUGUUCUAAUAUGAUUGUUUUCAUGGUUGUGUUAUUGGAAUCCAAUAAAAUAUGUUAGCUUUGUGAUAAAUGAGCAAUGCAUACAAAUAUAAUCAACAUAA